GGAACAAACAGGGCAUUCACUUGUCGGCGGAGGUUCUCUUGUGCAGUCAAGUCGGCUUUCUCACGCGUCAAUGCAUCAACCAGCAGCAUCCUCAUCGGAGCUGGACAUUGCACCCAGCAAGAUGCGACUGGUGCACGACCCCUCGGCCUGUCACCGCGACGCCCGCUGCUGGUUUCACGAGGCGCCGACCACCCCAACCAACUAACCAAACCCGUGGCCGCGGGCCGCGCCGAAACCAGCAUAGCGGCCGCUGUGGCUAUCGCGCUGGCGUCGGCCGCGUCUCCUCGCAACAACGCCACGACUUCUCCGCUGCCGUUCGCGGUUAGCCCGACAAGUUUAGGCUCGCAGAGCCACCGAUCCCCCCACCCGAAGCGACGGUGAGACAGGCCUUGCGACCGUUCUCGUGACGAUACGCGCGCGUGGCAUGCCGACGUUGUCCUCUCGUCGCGACCGCCGUCGCUCGCGCUCGGCCGUUGCGAGACGACGCUCGGAGCCUGAGCGGCUCGCCCCUCGUCGCCCGGGCCCUCGCCUGCAGCCUUCGCGCGCCUGCGAUAAAGUCUAAUCAGCCGCCUGCACCCACGCAAUAUGGGCAGAAGCGGCGAAGCCGCGAUGCUCAGCGGAUGGACGAGCGCUCCGGCUCCGGUGUUGCAGAUGUGGCUGCAAGCUCAAGGACGGGUGCAGUCAAACCGCUUUGCGCUUCCGUCCCUGGGUGACCCGUUCUCCGAACCUGGCGUUCGGAGCUCCUGAUGCCCUACUCGAAGCGAACGCUGCAGAUCACCAGGGCCACCCGCUCGGACGACGAGGAUGCAAGUGGGCUGAAUUGGCCGAGUACGAGAGACAGCGAGGAGUUCGCGGGAAUGGACUGGGAUGCGAUGUGCACGCUGGGGGUGCGGACGCCAGCUACGCGCGCAAUAAGCAAGGGCGAUCAUGAGCGGCGGAAGAUCUGGACGUCCGCGCGAGCUGAGCGUCGACGCGCCGUCAGGCCGUCGACGGCCUGUAACGUCGGAGGAGACAAGGCCCGGUCUCAGGCAGUUCGUUCGACUCGUGAACGCGCGCAGAUGUACAUGUAGAUGCAGAUGUCGGCCGCUUGCGAGCGCGGUCGAAUGGCGAGCGUGGGCGAGCCCGAGCGGACGGUCGGAGGCGCACAUCUUUAGCAGGUGCCCUGUCACCCGCCCCCGCACAACGUCACGAGUGCCGCCUGCGAGGCCUUCCACCGUCAGCUUCCGCCGGGCGCGAGGGAAAGUUGCGGACUUGGGGGGUUGGCAGCGAAGACGUGCCCGCGGGGCCAGGUCGAGUGAUUGUAUCGUGCGCGGG